GGAGCGAGAGAGAGACCCCCCAAGUGUUUCCGGGUCUGGUUAGCAACUCCGAGGGGAAAAUGCGUCACCGUUUAGACUUAACAGGUGCCUGGCUCAAGGUGUCUCUUAACGUAUCCCCUCAGGUCUUAGAAAGAACUGGCAGUAAUAAGUGCAGAACAUGGGGCACACGCCACCUCCCGCCUUUAAAACAAGCCGUGAGAGGCAGGGCCUGGGCUGGGAGUAGCCGGCAACAAUAUCCUUCCGCGAGCUCCGAGAAUGGAGUCCGGGUCCUUUUAGACGGUCCGCCAAGGGGUGGGAUGUAGGGCGGAAGUUAUGGCGCCGGGCCGAAGUCACGCUGCUGAAGGGCGGAAGUGGGGUCCCGAAGUCUGCAAAGAUGGCUCAGGAAGAGGAAGAUGUUAGAGAUUACAAUUUGACGGAGGAGCAGAAGGCGAUCAAGGACAAGUAUCCUCCAGUCAAUCGAAAGUACGAAUACUUGGACCAUACAGCUGAUGUCCAGUUACAUGCAUGGGGAGAUACUCUGGAGGAAGCAUUUGAACAGUGUGCCAUGGCCAUGUUUGGUUACAUGACAGAUACUGGAACUGUGGAACCCCUUCAAACAGUAGAAGUAGAAACCCAGGGAGAUGACCUGCAGUCUCUACUGUUCCACUUUUUGGAUGAGUGGCUUUACAAGUUCAGUGCUGAUGAAUACUUCAUACCCCGGGAAGUGAAAGUACUUAAUAUUGAUCAAAAAAACUUCAAGUUACGGUCAAUUGGGUGGGGAGAAGAAUUUUCAUUGUCCAAGCAUCCUCAGGGAACAGAAGUCAAAGCAAUAACAUACUCAGCAAUGCAGGUCUACAAUGAAGAGAAGCCAGAAGUGUUUGUGAUCAUUGACAUUUAAGAUACCAAGAAGGAAUGAAGGAAGGAAGGAAGAGACACUUGGGGACUGGAGAGAACCUGGUUCAAUUCCCAGCAACCACAUGACAGCUCACAACUGUCUCUAACUCUUAUUCCAAGGGAUCCGAUGCCCUCAUGCAGACAUUCAU